UAUGAAAAUGGUACCUAUCAUACCUAUCUAAGCCGAUGGAGUGUUGAAGCUUUUGUAAUUUUUUAAUAAAUUACUCUAGUAGGAUUUUGUUCAAUCGUUUGUGGUUUCUCAUUUUAAAGGAUAUUUUAAAAAAAUUCUUACCGGUAUAUUUUGUGUUUACCGGUUUUUAAAAUAUCCGCCAUUAUUGAAUGCUUGAUUCUCCAAAGUAGUCCAUGAAUCAAAAUGUCGACUAAGUUCAAGAAAGGUGAUCAAGUGCAAGCUCGAUGGGCUGGAAGUAAGAAAUUUUAUGAUGGAAAAAUUGUUGAUGUCCUAAAAACUGUGUGCAAAGUUCAGUUUGAGAAUGAUGGAACUAUUUCAUCUGUGAAGUUGGCAGAUAUUAAGAAACCUGAAAAGAAUACUGAAGAAACUUCAACCAAAAGUAAUCGUUCAAAAACAAGAAAUCGUAGCAGAUCAACCGGAAGAGAAACAAGAUCGAGGUCGAAGUCACCUGCAAGGAAAUCUGGCAGAUCUAAAAAAUCAACUGGUGAAGAUAAUUCUAAAACAGCAGUUGUUGAAACAGAGAAACCUUCAAACGUUAACAGUGUAUCAAAAGAUGUUGUUGACAGUGUUAAAAAACCUCUUCUUAGCAGAGAAACAUUAACUUCAUUGAAUUUAUCACCCAUUGUAAAGCUUAACAGCUAUUUUAGUAGUAAAGAGACAACAUCAGUAAUGAAAGCCGAGGCUACCGCAACCACAACCGAAGGAAUUCGUUCUAAGCGGCUUUCUGCUUUGAGAAGCAUGGAGUCAACUCAACGACAGUUGGAAUCGAAGUUUGAAAGUAAGAAACUUCCCUCAAAAGCUAAAUAUUCAGAUGAUGACGAAGAAGAAGAAGAGGAGGAUGAAAUUGAUUCAAGGCCAAAACAGAUUUCUAAAGUGUGGCAGACUGCAUAUUUUCUCUCUACGCUUUUGAAGAUAUUUUUUCUCCCUGCAGUUCUUUUGUUCUUAAUAUUUGCUUGCACGACCAAAGCUUGUACCAUUUUGGAAGUGCCUCCUUUCUUCUCGAGAUGGUCUGUUUUGGUAAACAGUGUAAAGAUUCCACUGGCAUCUGUAAUUGCAUUUCAUCUUUUACUUUGCUUGCUACCUCUCAUUCCACUUGGUAAAAAAGUACUUGGAUUUCCAUCAUUGGACAGCAAAACUGCUAUGGAAUAUAGACUUCACGGUUUGGUCUACUUAGUUUGCAGCAUGAUAAUAUUUGGAGUUUGUGCUUAUUUUGGUAUUAACAUGAAUUGGGGUAUAGAUAAGUUCAAGCCGAUUGCAUUGAGCUCUUUUAUUUAUUGUGCUGUUUUUUCUUUCAUUCUAUACAUCACUCACUGCAUAAAGGGACAUGGUUCUGUACCCACAAAAGUGCCCUUUAUUGGUAAAUUUUACAGUGGUUCUUAUACAAAUCCUGUUCUAUUUGGGAAAAUUGAUGUUAAAACAAGUUUUAUUCGUGCAGGAUUGAUUGGAUCUGUUCUUUUAAAUUCCAGUAUUCUGAUGAAAUAUUUUCUUUUGAAAAGUGCUCGUUCUGCAAUUCCUUUAGGUUUAACUGCUGGAAUGCAAAUCCUUUUUGCUCUCCAUUUGUUGUUUUGCGAGGAAAAAUUGUUGAGUACUUAUACUUACACUUCUGAUACUGUGGGAUAUGCUUUUAUUUUGACAACUGGAUUUCUUGUACCUUUUGGCUUAUCAGCUCCAAAUGUUUACCACUAUCUCUAUGAAACUAAGACCUCUUUGACGUUAUACUGGUAUUACUCAGCAGUAGCAGUUAUUGUAGUUCUGUUUUUGAUUGGAUACUAUAUUUUUCUGACAUCAAGUAACCUGAAGCACAAUUUUAGGAGAGAUCCAUAUGGGAAAGCCAUGCUAAAACAUGAUUCUGUUCCCACUCAAAUAAAAUCCAAGAGGCUUCUUCUCUCUGGAGGAUGGGGAUUGGUUCGUCAUCCCAACUAUUUAGGACUUUUGAUCAUGGCUAUUGCUUGGACUCUUUCUUGUGGUUUUACCCAUGCUGUACCCUAUGGACCUCUGGCAAUGUUAUUUCUUGCAUUAGUGUUUCGAAUCUUCAGAAUCGAAAAAGAAUGCAGCGAAAAAUAUGGGCCUGGAUGGAAAAAUUACACAGAAAAAGUUCGCAGUCGUCUCAUACCUUACAUAUUUUAAAAUCACUCAUCUUCAUUUCUUUUUCUCACCCUGUAUGUAAUUCAAGUACAUAUAUCAUGAUCAUCAUCUGAUGAGUGGAUUUUAAAGGUUCAAUUGAACUUUAUCCUUUUAAAGGAACUUUUUAUUGUAUUGUUUUAUUAAUCAUUUUGACAUUUGCUCAUAUCAGUGUAUUCAUUUAUUAAUAUGUGACAUAGUUAAUAUAUAUUUAUGGUUUUUAUACAACAUUCAUAUAUUUGCUCACAUCUCAUAAUUUUAAAUGCACAGAGAUUUUACGUGACUCUUUCGAAGAAGGAGAUCUUGCACAAAUAUGAAGAAAAAAAAAUCUUUAAAAUUUUGUACUUAUAUAAUGAGUUGAUUCUUUCGAUGGAUAUUUGUGAUAAAUUGUUCAUUAAUACAUUUUAUUAUUGUGUGCACUCAAGUACAUAUUUCCUUUUAAAAUCAUAUUUUGUAAUUUUAAAGUUAAAUCAUUUUGUUUAUGUUUGAAUUACUCCAUUUUUUUCAACCUUGUUAAUUUUUUUUUUAAUUUUUACAAAUGUUGUCUUUAUGAACCUUUUAGUAGUACAGAUUUACUUAUUCAUAUAAGUUUUAAUGUAUUUUAGUUAUUUAAAAUCAUAAUGUUAAAUAUUGCAGAACAGAUUGUUGGCAAAUAAGAACAGAUAGUAGUUAGAGAAGCCAUCUACUGCAGAUUUUACCUAAAUAAUAUAGAUUUUAAUCCCAGGUCUGGAAUUAAGGAAAGGUUUUAUAUCUUAUUCUUGCAGUUGUCUCUUAUUUUCUUUUGUUUUAAUUUUCAGUUAGCUCCUUAUUUUUUCUUACAUUUUCACAAUUCUGCAUCAAAAUCUAAUUUUUUCACUGAAAAGGCAUAAUAUUUUAACCCAUUUUUAAUCCGAAUAGUAAAAUUAAAUUUAUUGAAUUGUAUUUCAUUAUUUGGAAGUACCAAUUACUGUAAUUUCAAUUAAAUUCUUACUUUUAAUUUGGAAAUUAUAACAAAGAAUUUCUUUUAUCUUAACGAAAAAUAAAAAGAAAAAAAUUAUCUAUAUAUAUAAAUAUUUAUUUCUAAAUAAUUAGCUCCUAAAUUAGUUUUAAAAAAUUACCAAGUUUUAUAUUGAAAUCAACAUUUACAUCAAAAGUUGUUGACUAUUUUAUUAAAUGAAAAAAAUUUCUUUGGCUUUUAACAAAUCAGAAAUGUGUUGAAUGUGUCACAGUUCAUAUAAUCUUCAUGUUAAAUUAAAUUUUUUAAACUAUUUUAAUUAUACAUGUAUUAUUUGUUUUUGUUUUAAUUUUUAAAAAAAAUAUCAAUUCUUAAAUCUUAUCAUUCUAGAAAUGAAGAAAAUUAGUAUUCUCAAUGCAUAUUUUUUUAUAUUAAUUAAAAUUUGUGUGUUAGGUUUUUAGAAAAAUCUUCUCCUUUAAGGACACGGUUAAAGCUGAGAAAAAAUAUAAACGAACACAAGAGCAACAGUAUUGUUAAACAUAAUUUGCUUUUUUUUUCUUUUUCAAAUAAUAUGUCGCUAUUAUUAUUUUAUGAUUUUCUGUUAGAUAGUUUUAUUAUAAAUAGCGUUGUACAAGCCUUUAGUUAAUAACUUGUGACUAUUUGUAUCUAAUUGUAAUUUUUUAUAAUGAAAAUUCAAUUACAAUUGAAAUUGUGUAGUUUUAUAAUUUUUUUAGAUUCUAUUUGUUAUACUUUUAUUUUUAUGUGUAGAUAUAGGGUCAGCAAUUUUAAUUUAUUCAAACAACAUAAAAAUCUUUUCUCGACAAUUCCCAAGGGGAAUACAAUGAACUGAGAUGUACGCAGAAGAAAAUAUCUGAAUUAUAUCAGAAUAAUAGCAUGAUUAGAACGGCUGUGCAAAUUUUGCUAAAUUGUUCCAAAAUAGCUGAAAUUAUGCCAAACUACUCCAAAAUAAAUGAUAUUCAUUGAUUGAAAAACAUAAGUUUAGCACCAAUUUUGAGUGCAAAAAUCAGUUUUAUUGCUCCAAAAUAACAAGCAUUUUUAUUUUUUCUUCUGGAUGUCUAUUAAUAUGCUUAUCUGGAAAGAAAGUUCGGUGGGUAUCAGAAUCAGCAUGUCAAAAAAUGGUUUAGUAAAUUUUUUUUCACUUAAUGUUAUGUUUUUUUUAAAAUUUUAAUAAUUACAAGCUCUGUGAACUUAGCAUAAAAUGUAUAUUUUAUAUGCUACUAAUUAAAUGUUUCGUAACUAGCAGACUUCUUUUUAAACUGACUUUUUAUCUGCCUCAAUCCAUUAAAGUUUUCAUUGACUGCUACAUUUUCUUAAAAUAGGUAUUCAAAACCUUUGCUGACCCUUGAAAUAUUUGAAAUGUAUGUUGUGUGAUUCUCAUGUUUAAAUUCGAUGACAGGAUUGUUCUUAUUUGUAUUUUGUUUUCUUAAUACCAGAAUGCUUUGCUGUUAUUUUUUUGAACAUACAUUUUUUUUUUUUUGUAUAUGCUCUUUUUUCGUAAUUUAUUUAUAAUUCAUCAUUAUGUGAAUGAGCCUAGCAUCUGUUUUAAAAGGGUGGUAAACUGGCAGAAAUUUAAUUCAGUCCUGUAAAAAAGAAUGUUUUCUUAAGUCUUACAAAAUUUACUUGAAGAUUUUUCCAAUAUUUUGUAACUUUUCUCUAAAGUAUUCAAUUUUAGCAUUUAUUUUUGGCAAAACUUUCUUUUAAGUUUGAUUUACUGUACUUUGAUUUCUGUACCACCACUCAACUUAAUUUAAAACUGCUUGAUAGAAUUCUUAUUUAUAAAUAUACAGGAUAAGAGUGAAAUUUCUUCUUCACAUUUACCUAAGGUUUGACAAACUCAUUUGAAAUUAAGUUUUAAAAUAUAAGUAAUGUACUGUGAAUUAUAAUUUUUGUAUUUUAACACUUUUUGUAAGUAUUAAUGUUUUAGGUCCACCUGACUAAAUUGAUCAGGUGCAUGUGUACAGCAUCAUCAUUCAUUUUUAAUGAUUAAAAUUUUAUUUUGAAAAAAUAA